CUGCAUGUGACUGUUUCUGAGGAUGCCGACCUGCUUGUGGAUGCUCAGAAAUCACAUGCUGGUGUCUUCUCCAUCUGCAGUCUCUGUUGUGGCAGUCCCACGCCCUUGCUCAGUGGAGGCAUAUCUAUGUCUUGUUAGUGCACGGGGUCUGCCUGCAUUGGUGAGGCAUGUGCUUCACUCAGCUGCUUACUCUGUGGCAAUGCUGGCCCUGUCUUAGCCAUGUGGCGGCAUUCACACUCAUGAUGUGUCUUACCAACCUUUGCUGUUGAGCUCCCUAGCUGUGGCUGUAUAUGGUUUAUUGCCCAUGCUGACUGCUCAGCAGAUGUGCAGUUACUCUUCGUCUGUGAAGAUCUUUCUGUGGGAGUGGCUGAGCUGAGCCGACACCUUCCAAGAACACCCUCCUGUCCCUGGUGAAGGUGAUGACAGUAGAUGAUGCAUCUGCCACCAAGUGGGGAAUUUGCUGUGGUGGUCAGAUCACUUCAGGCCGUCGAUGGCUAGAGGAAUGGACCCUCCAUGUUCAGUGUUUUGGGACACCUGAUGGGUCUCAGCCUGAAGGGCUGUACAUGCAUGUGAUGAUGGAGAGUUCAAAUCCUUAACAGAGAGAGUCCAACCACCUCCUGCUGUCAGGCAGUGAUGAAACCAGCCUUGUUCCACAUACACUGUGAAAUACGCGUCUGCACAGACUGAAAUACAUGCCUGACUCAUCCAAAUCCUUCACAGAUGAUCUGCGUCAUGUGGUUGAUUUAGAUCAUGAAGGGAAGAUGAAUUUCCAGUAAGAUAACUGAUCUUUUAAAUAGGAUUUAUGUGCAGACUUGCUAAAAGAGGAAAGAAGCCUCUUGAGCUUACACGAAAAAUCCUCCGAGAUAAGCAGAACAAGAAGAAUUCUGGUCAGCCCAUUCCAGUAUUUCCAUCCUGGGUGUAUGAGAGACCCGCGCUUAUUGGCGAUUUCUUAAUUGGCACCAGUUUAAGCACUGACACAACAGUACCUAUAGGUACUUUGCCAUUAGCCUCCCAAGAAUCCGUGAUUGUGGAGGACUUGCUGUAUGUUCUGAUUGGUGUGGAUGGAAGAUACAUCACAGCACAGCCUUUUGUAGGCAGGCAGAACCGCGCAUUUUCAGUUGAUCCAAACCUUGACUUGUCCAUCAAAGAGCUCGUGACCAGGAUUCUUCCUGUAGCAGCAAGUUACUCUGCUGUCACCAGGUUCAUAGAGGAGAAGUCUUCCUUUGAGUAUGGACAGGUAAAUCAUGCUCUGGCUGCUGCUAUGCGGACUCUAAUCAAGGAAUACAUGAUACUAAUUACCCAGUUGGAACAUCUUCAGAGACAGGGACUUCUGUCACUGCAGAAGCUCUGGUUUUAUAUCCAGCCCACAAUGAGGACCCUGGAGAUUCUUGCUUCGCUUGCUACUUCUGUGGAUAAAGGUGAGUGUAUGGGAGGAUCAACCCUGAGCUUACUCCAUGACAAGACUUUCAAUUACACGGGGGACAGCCAGGCCCAGGAGCUGUGCCUGUAUUUAACCAAGGCAGCCAGUGUGCCUUAUUUUGAAAUUCUGGAAAAGUGGAUAUAUCGAGGCAUCAUUAAUGAUCCAUACAGUGAGUUCAUGGUGGAGGAACAUGAGCUGCAGAAGGAGAAGAUUCAGGAGGACUAUAAUGACAAGUAUUGGGAUCAAAGAUAUACUGUUGUUCAGCAACAGAUUCCCUCAUUCUUGCAGAAAAUGGCUGACAAAAUACUAAGCACAGGGAAAUAUUUAAAUGUUGUGCGAGAAUGUGGACGGGAUGUUACCUGCCCUGUGGCUAAAGAGGUCAUCUAUACUUUAAAAGAGCGAGCAUAUGUGGAACAAAUAGAAAAAGCAUAUAACUAUGCUAGCAAAGUUCUUCUGGAUUUCCUAAUGGAGGAGAAAGAGCUGGUGGCUCACCUAAGAUCUAUAAAACACUAUUUCCUGAUGGAUCAAGGGGACUUUUUUGUUCACUUCAUGGAUCUCACGGAAGAGGAACUUAAGAAGCCUGUAGAUGACAUCAUAACUACGAGGCUAGAGGCUCUGCUUGAAUUAGCCCUGCGAAUGAGCACAGCCAACACAGAUCCUUUCAAGGACGAUUUAAAGAUUGAUUUGAUGCCUCAUGACCUCAUUACACAGCUCUUGAGAGUAUUGGCCAUAGAAACGAAACAGGAGAAGGCCAUUAUCAGUGCAGAUCCCACAGAGCUCACUCUCAGUGGUCUGGAAGCAUUUUCCUUUGACUACAUUGUUAAGUGGCCUCUGUCCCUUAUUAUAAACAGGAAAGCACUGACAAGAUACCAGAUGCUUUUCAGACACAUGUUCUAUUGCAAACAUGUGGAAAGACAGUUGUGCAAUGUUUGGAUCAGCAAUAAGACGGCCAAGCAAUUCUCCCUACAUUCAGCUAAGUGGUUUGCUGGUGCUUUCACACUGCGGCAGCGGAUGCUGAAUUUUGUACAGAAUAUCCAGUAUUACAUGAUGUUUGAAGUGAUGGAGCCAACAUGGCACAUUCUUGAGAAGAACUUGAAGCUGGCAUCUAAUAUUGAUGAUGUCCUGAGCCACCACACAAGCUUCCUGGAUAACUGCUUGAAGGACUGCAUGCUAACCAACCCGGAGCUGCUGAAGAUCUUCUCCAAGCUGAUGUCUGUCUGUGUCAUGUUUACAAACUGCAUGCAGAGGUUCACCCAGAGCAUGAAGCUGGAUAAUGAGAUGGACCGGCUCACCUUAGAGCACGGCACAAUGCUGGGCCCACCAACAGAGGAGGAGCGUGCUGAAGAGACUGCGAAGAAGAAGCUGACUAACAAGCUUUUAGCAGAACAUGCUGACAACCUCCACCUGACAUCUGGCUUCGAAGCAACGAUCAACAAGUUUGAUAGCAAUUUCUCAACACAUCUGCUGGACCUGUUGGACAAACUGAGCGUUUACAGCACCAAUGACUGUGAGCACAGCAUGCUCAACAUCAUCUACAGGUUGGACUUCAAUGGGUUCUACACAGAGCGCCUGGAGCACAUGUCUGCCGAGCGCAGCCAGAAGGCAGCUCCCCUGCUUCCCCGCCUGGCCGUACCUGCCCAGUGAAGCCCUGCUGUUGCCCCUUUCAGCCACCCCCUCUUCUGCACCAGCAGAGAACCAGACACUCACUGACUUCAAACUAGGAGUACUCAACCCUCUACAUUGACAGUGUGAGCUGGAAACAAACCAUAAGGGUUGUCACAGAGAGACAGGGGAGUAGUCUCCUGAAAUGUAUGUAAUGGAUUUUCUC